UCCUUUUUUUAUUCUUCAUUAAUCAUCAUUUUGUUUUGCAUUCAUUGCCAACCCUAAGCCUCAUCUUUGAUCUUAAUUUCACCCCCCCGGUUCGAUCGCUCUCGCCUUAAUCGCGAACCGCGGUUGUUCUCGAUCGAUUCUGGUGAGUUGUGGAACUCGGAAUCGAUGGUUGGUGUGCAGCGCAGAGUCGAGGGGAGGAGGCACAACGACUUGUCAUUUUUCGCUCUUUCAGAAAAAUAACAAUGUCUUUUCGUUCAAGUAUCUUUUCCUGCUUCCUAAUCGUUCGAUCAUUUUUUUCGUCCGAUGGCGGAGAUCCGGAUAUGUUUCUUUGACCACUUUUUGAUGGAGUUCGUCAUGUGUUUUCCGCUUCUAAUGAUUUUUUUUUUAUUGACGUGUGUAGCAGUCGAGCUCUCAAAUUUUAUCAUCUCUAGUGGAAAUAGAGAGAGAGAAGAAAAAAAAUGAACUUUUUUUAUCUUUGCGUGUAAGGUAAUGCGAUGGAAGGUGAUGCAAAUGACUUCUUACGGGUAGAUAUCGUGGGAAUAUAGUUCGAUUAAAGACUGCUUUCCUUUUCCCUUAUGUAUUUGACUCCAGCUGAUCUCUGUGUUGUAGGAUUCGGUAGUUAUAUUAUCAAGAACUGAUCAGAGUAGAAAUAGUGUUCUAAAAGCAUCCCUUUCCAGUAUUAACAGUUGAAAUCAUAAGCAGAAUAGCAUCGGGUUUCAUCUUCUGAAGCAUAUAUACGAUCCUUGUUGUACGACUUCUCUGUUUAGAAUGGAUUCCUCCCAUGGCCUCGUAAUGCUGCAUCUUAUUGUCUAUUUCCAGACCCUCUAAUGGAAAGAGGUGCACAUGGAACUGGCAAAAAUUGCAUUUUUCGCUACUGCUUUGAAGAUAUUCCUCACAUCAGUUAAAGCGACGGUUUAAAUAUCACAGCAGUCAGUUUUUGAUUUGGGGUCUCAGAAAUCAAGGUCCAGUUUUAUAGUUUCAGCUGAUAAAUUAAUGAAGAUGGCGAUGCAACCUGUGAGUGUGCUUUUCUUGUUUCUACCACUUCUAGCUUUUGGAAGUGGGGAUAUAUAUAUUGUGACUGUAGAAGGAGAGCCUGUAGUGAGUUACAAUGGUGGUGUUGAUGGAUUUUCAGCAACAGCUGUAGAUUUAGUGGAAAGGAUGGACAUAACCAGUGAGUCUGUUACAUCUUAUGCCCUUCACCUUGAGAAAAGGCAUGAUUCUCUUCUUGAUUCACUCUUUGAAGUUGGGACCUAUAAGAAGUUAUACAGCUAUCAUCAUCUUAUCAAUGGCUUUGCAAUUCACAUGUCUCCUGAACAGGCUGAAGUUGUCAGCAAGGCACCUGGGGUCAAAUAUGUGGAGAAAGACAUGAAAAUAAAGAAAUUAACCACACAUACUCCACAGUUUCUGGGACUACCAACAGAAGUUUGGCCAACAGGUGGUGGCUUUAACAGAGCAGGGGAAGACAUUGUGAUUGGUUUUGUGGAUUCAGGAAUUUAUCCAAAGCAUCCUAGCUUUUCUACACACAACACUGAGCCAUAUGGACCUCUUCCUCGUUACAGAGGAAAAUGCGAAGUUGAUUCAGAAACUAAGAGGGCAUUUUGCAAUGGUAAAAUAAUUGGAGCCCAGCAUUUUGCAAAAGCUGCAAUUGCUGCUGGUGCAUUUAACCCUUUAAUUGAUUUCUCAUCACCUCUGGAUGGCGACGGUCAUGGAAGUCAUACAGCUGCCAUAGCUGCUGGAAACAAUGGGAUUCCUGUUAGAAUGCAUGGACAUGAGUUUGGAAAAGCGAGUGGCAUGGCUCCACGUGCCAGGAUUGCUGUAUACAAGGUGCUCUAUAGGCUCUUUGGGGGAUAUGUUUCUGAUGUUGUUUCUGCCAUUGAGCAGGCUGUCCUUGAUGGUGUUGAUGUUCUUAAUCUUUCAGUAGGGCCAAACAGUCCGCCAACAACUACCAAAGCCACAUUUUUGAAUCCUUUUGAUGCUGCACUUCUUUCUGCUGUCAAAGCUGGAGUUUUUGUGGCACAGGCUGCUGGAAAUGGGGGUCCAUUCCCUAAAACCUUGGUGUCUUUCAGUCCAUGGAUUACAACCGUUGCUGCUGCUAUUGAUGAUCGUAGAUACAAGAAUCAUUUGACCCUUGGAAAUGGAAAAAAAUUACCGGGGCUCGGAUUGUCACCAGCUACGCAUGGGAAUAAGUCAUUCAACCUGGUCUCUGCAAAUGAUGUGAUGCUAGAUUCAUCUUUGAUGACUUACAACCCAUUAGACUGCCAAAGGCCUGAACUGUUGAAUAGGAAUAAGGUGGAGGGAAAUAUUCUACUGUGUGGAUUUUCUUUCAAUUUUAUUUCUGGCACUGCAUCAAUCAAAAAGGUGUCUGAAACAGCAAAAAGUCUUGGUGCAGCAGGCUUUAUUGUAGCAGUGGAGAACGCCUAUCCAGGCACCAAAUUUGAUCCUGUCCCUGUUGAUACUCCUGGGAUCCUCAUUGCAGAUGUCAGCAAGACGAAGGAACUUAUUGACUAUUACAAUUGUUCAACUAAAAGAGAUUGGGCUGGUCGACCAAUAAGUUUCCAGGCAACAGCCAGCAUUGCUGAUGGUUUGGCACCAAUACUGCAUAAAUCAGCUCCUCAGGUGGCACUAUUCUCUUCACGAGGACCAGAUGUUAAGGAUUUCAGCUUUCAAGAUGCUGAUGUCCUUAAACCUGAUAUAUUAGCUCCAGGCAAUCUAAUUUGGGCUGCUUGGGCACCAAAUGGAACAGAUGAGGCUAAUUACAUAGGAGAAGGCUUUGCUAUGGUUUCUGGAACCAGUAUGGCUGCUCCACACAUUUCUGGAAUUGCAGCCCUCAUAAGGCAAAAGAAUCCUCAGUGGAGCCCAAGUGCUAUCAAGUCAGCCUUGAUGACAACAGCCAGUACUUUGGAUCGGCGUGACAGACCUAUUCUAGCACAGCAAUAUUCUGAAAAUGGGGUCAUGACAUUGGUGCAGGCUACACCAUUUGAUUAUGGCAGUGGUGCAGUUGAUCCGAAAGCUGCUCUGGAUCCUGGACUCAUUCUGGAUUCAACUUACGGAGACUACGUCAAGUUCUUGUGUUCAGUGCCAGAUCUGGAUCCCGGCGAAAUUCUGAACAUCACCAGCUCGGCUUGCAACGAGACCAAGGGUCAUCCUUCCGAUCUAAAUACCCCGUCGAUCACCAUCUCCCGUCUUGCAGGGACUCAAACCGUGAAAAGAACGGUGACUAAUGUAGCUGAUUCAGAAACUUACAUCAUUACCACUAGAAUGUCACCCGAAAUCGCUCUAGAAGCCAGUCCUCCAGCAAUGACUGUGCUGUCAGGAGCAUCCCGUGAGAUAACCGUGACUUUGACUGUCAGAUCGGUGACUGGUGGAUACAGCUUCGGUGAGAUUCUUCUGAAAGGUGAUAGAGGGCACAAGGUGAGGAUCCCAGUGGUAGCAAUGGGCUUCAGUAGCUAGUUGGUGCAAUGGUUUUGAGUUCUUUGUCUUUAUCCUAAAGCUUGAUAUUAUUCUUUGUAGAUGAUCUAUCAAAACCUAAAUUGCUUUGGAAUUGUAUGCCUGGUGAGGCAAUGUAAAUCCUAUAAUGCCUGAGUCUUGCUAGUUUCUACCAUGCCCAAGGUUGUAAUGAAGAGCUCAUAGUGGUCGUUGUAUAAUUUGCUUAGUAUAGUAUCAUUAAGAUCAAGUGCAUGUUACCUUA